AUGAUCUUAUUCACAAUCAUUUUUGCCACAGCCAACAGCUACAAUUACACCUUUGAUUAUUCCAAUGGUGUUUUAUUCCAAGAGAACGAACCCCUUUGGACAUACGACGCUGAUAUCCCCGUAAGAGUCAAUGUGCUUCUGGACAGCCCGAGAGAGAAGUUUCGAAGAGCCCUCAACGCCGACUGUGGAGAAGACUACUUGCUCGAAUCCAAGCCUACGAACUUCUUUGGCCGAAACGGAACCGACUUUAACGAAACAACCGAGGAUUGCCUUCUUGGAUUCAGAACAUUCGACGAGGUAAUAAAAAGCUUCAUGGGGGAAGAUUUGACCAUAAGCUGGAGGCACAAGUUGGACUCAAGCGAUCGCAAAUCCUUUAACCUGUUCAAGAACGCCUAUCCCGAAGAUCCCUUGACAUACGAAGAAUACCUGAAAAAUGGAUUGCCAAAGAACCCUGUCCGACCACGCCAACUAUUCAGCUCGUUCAAGGAAGCAUACCCAAAUGAUCCCUUAACGUAUGAAGAAUACCUGAAGAAGGGACUACCAAAGAACCCAGUGCAAACUCGAAAUCGCCGCGCAGCAAUGGCAGGAGGUGCAGUCAUUGGGGGAGUCGCCAUAGCAGGCUCCUACGUCUACACCGGUGUCGUCGACGCAAAAUCACGAGCGAGAGACGCAGUUCUUGCUGCCGAAAUAGAACUGGAACGGAGAAGAAUCGAAAAACUUGAAGAAGUGGUGGAAACGGUAAACGAUAAGAUUGACGAAGCCGUCAAGAGAAUCCGCAAAGCAAAACGCCCAAUCGUCUCCUAUGGUGGAUUAACGAUUCCGAAUGACGCGAAGGCUGUUGAACGAAUUCUGGAAGGAGCUGAUGCGGAGAUAAACCAAUACUUCGCUUCCCAAAGUGCAGCCAUGGGCGAAGAUAUUGUCGAAUCGAUUCUCACAUUGAUGAACCAUCGGCUCCCAUUAAACCCGGUCUUCCUAGAUACGAUCAAAGCUCAGUGUAUCGUCUAUCAAACCGUCCCUGAAGAACAAGCCAGAAAAUUCUGCAAUGCAUUCGCAUUCCAUACCACUCGUUGGGACACUCGACUCAGGUUUGUUGGCCUCGGCUUAACGACAUGGCCUCGCAAGGAUGGCAACGCACAAGGCAAGGACGACCUCGAGAUCCGACAGACACAGGAGAUUGACAAUACGAAGUGUGGAUACUUCGAAGAUUCGACGCGAGCCUUUGUGAGCAUCCGACAACCUGGAAUCGCCCAGUGGUUCCAUCACCAUCCAUCGGAAAGUGUAAACAAAGUUGACAGUUUUAAGCGUACGCACUUUGCUGGAGCCCUGAACUGCGGACCACAAAUCCUUCGAAUAAGUGCCAUUAUCCCUGGAACACGAGAAGUGGACUCAGUCAUGACCUACAUCCAGCCGAUUCAAGUCAGAAUGCGGACUGUGCAAGACGACGAAAUGGACGAGAUGAACGCGAGGAUUGCAAAAAACCUUCACACGGUGAAGGAAAUGGGCAACACGAUGAUCGAGAUGAAUUUGACAACUCUCGAGCUAAUGAAACGAACCGCAGCGACUGAGUCACGAAACGCCGCUGAAACUGCCAAAGAAUAUCUCUACAAAAAAUUCAUCGCACCAAUAAUGGGAACCCUCGGAACACUUUCAUCGAUUGUGCUCAUCACGCUCGCAAUCUACAUCAUCAUCAAAUGCAAUAGCCGGAGACGCCGCAGACACGAAACACCAAAAGAAUACGCCCUUGACUUGCAAUUUGCGGAGAUGAACAAAAUAGCUCAAACGAACCGCUCAACGGACACCUUGUAA